AUGGUUAAUAGAGAUUUAACUAAUAAUUCAUUUACAGGAUAUAAUCAAGAUAUAGAGCUUCAAAAUCCUUUUGAAACUGCAACUCCAUUAAAUGAAUCUUCAUCUUUUGAUUCAAGUUCUCAAAUUGAUCCAUUAUAUAAUAAUAGUAGUUCAAGUCCUAAUGAAUCAUCAUCUUCAUCAUCUUUUUUACCUAAUAAUAGAAUAAGAAAUACUAAUAAUAAUAGUAAUAGUAAUAGUAAUAGUAAUAGUAAUAAUAAUUAUAAUAAUAAUAUUAAUAAUAAUAAUAUUAAUAAUAAUAAUAAUGAUAUGAAUAAUAAUUAUAAUAAUAAUUAUAAUAAUAAUAAUCAUUUAGAUUUAAGUUACGGUCGACCAUUUACUGCUAAUAUUUAUUCAUCAAAUGAAUCAAAUUCUCAAUUAUUAUCAUCACUGAAUGAUUCAACUAAUAAAUUUAAUAGUCAAAAUCCUAUACGUUCAGAAAAGAUUGAAAUUAAUGAACCACCAAGUUAUGAUAGAUAUCCAUUAAUUAAUGAUUCUGAAAAUAAUAGUACAACUACUCCAAUAUUGGGAAAUAAAAAAAUUUCUUCUUUAUCAUUAAAUAAAUUAAUAGAUAGUCCAUUUGGUGGAUAUCCUGCAAAUUCAUUUCCUUUAAAUAUAAAUGAAAAAGAAGAUGAUGAUUAUUUACAUAAUCCUGAUCCAAUUGAAGAUGCAAAAUAUGAUAAAAAUAGAUUUUAUUACGAUUUAAAAUACGGUGAUAAAAAAUCAAUAUUUGGAAUGUUUGGCUUUUUAUUUUUAAUAAUUGCUGCUGCUUUAGUAUUUGUAUUAUUACCUGCUAUAACUUAUACUGGUGUAACUGAUCAUACAUCAAUUCCAGAAUCUUUUGAAAUUUUAACUCAUUAUAAUUAUCCAAUGAUUUCAGGUAUACGUACAACUUUAAUUGAUCCAGAUACUCCAUCUGAUGCAUUAACAAUAAAAUCUAAAAAUGGUGAUGAUUGGAAUUUAGUAUUUUCUGAUGAAUUUAAUGCUAUAGGACGUACAUUUUAUGAUGGUGAUGAUCAAUUUUGGACUGCUCCGGAUUUACAUUAUGAUGCUACAAAAGAUUUAGAAUGGUAUGAUCCCGAUGCUGUUACUACUACAAAUGGAACUUUAAAUUUAAGAAUGGAUGCUUUUAAAAAUCAUAAUUUAUUUUAUAGAUCUGGUAUGAUUCAAAGUUGGAAUAAAAUGUGUUUUACUCAAGGUAGAAUUAAAAUAUCUGCAAAAUUACCUGGUUAUGGUACAAAGUCUGGUUUAUGGCCUGGUAUGUGGACAAUGGGGAAUUUAGGUAGACCUGGUUAUUUAGGUUCAACUGAAGGUGUUUGGCCUUAUUCAUAUAAUUCUUGUGAUUCAGGUAUAACAGCAAAUCAAAGUUCUCCUGAUGGUAUAUCAUAUUUACCUGGUCAAAGAUUAAAUAAAUGUACUUGUCCUGGUGAAUCUCAUCCAAAUAGAGGUAUUGGUAGAGGUGCUCCAGAAAUUGAUGUAAUUGAAGCUGAAAUUUCAACAGAUCCAGAUGAUCCAAAUAAGGAAAAUUUAGGUGUUGCUUCACAAUCUUUACAAAUUGCUCCAAUGGAUAUUUGGUAUAUGCCAGAUUAUGAUUUUAUUGAAAUUUAUAAUAAAUCAGUAACUACAAUGAAUACUUAUGCUGGCGGUCCUUUUCAACAAGCAAUAUCUGGAACAACAACAUUAAAUAAAACAUGGUAUGAAAUGGGUGUAGGAAUAGAUCAUAAUUAUCAAGAUUAUGGAUUUGAAUAUUUAAAUGAUGAAAGCUCAGGUUAUCUUAGAUGGUUUGUAGGUGAUUAUCCUACUGUAACAAUGUAUAGUCAAGCUCUCCAUCCUAAUGGAAACAUUGGAUGGAGAACACUUUCAAAAGAACCCAUGAGCGUUAUUGUAAAUCUUGGUAUUUCAAGAAAUUGGGCUUAUAUAGAUUGGCCAGCAAUGAUAUUUCCAAUAAAUUUUCAAAUUGAUUAUAUACGAAUUUAUCAACCAAAAGAUCAAAUCAAUUUAGGUUGUGAUCCAGAUGAUUUUCCAACUUAUGAUUAUAUUCAACAACAUUUGAAUAUUUAUGAAAAUGCAAAUUUAACUUCAUUUGAAGAUGGAGGUUAUACAUUCCCAACUACAAAUCUAACAGGUGGAUGUUGA